CACACACGCACGCGGAGCUUUAUAGUUCACAAAGGUACAGGCAGACAGGAGCAGAGAAGAGCAGAGACACUGUGAUGAUUAAAAAACUUAAAAUAACAAGUGGAGGUCUGGAGGAGGAAGAGGAGGAGGAGGAGGAGGAGGAGGAGGGCCUGAAGAAGUCUGCAGGAGAUCUGCCGGAGGAGAGGACCGGAGAGGGUCUGGAAGGAGGUUUUGGAAAAGGUCUGGAGGCAGGAGGAGGUCCCGGGUUUAACAGAGGAGGCAGGACUUUCUGGCUCCGUGGUGCGCUCCGACACCAGAGGUCCGCUUUAAUACCAGAGGAGGAGGAGGAGAGGAAGGUCGGCUCUUUACACUGCUCAAAGAGAGAGAGAGAGAGUUAGAGGGUUAGAGAGAGAGAGAGAGAGAGUGCAGUCCACUCCUCCUGGACAGUCUGCAUCGAGCAUCCAUGUGCCAAACGGACUUUUGGAUUCGGGAGCGCAGAUUGAGAAGAGCCUUCUCCCUGGAAAAAAAAACUUCACUGACUGACUUGUCGACAGGAAGUCAGAUCCGUUUUAAAUCUCUCCAGCUGUUAUAAAUCAGCUGUGUAUUUUUAUCUGCGCUCAGAUCACCUCAGGCACUUUUGGUUUUGGACUCUUCUGACUGUCCUCCGCUCCUCUCAGGAUCCUCACAACACGCGCGCGGGGAUUUUCAUUCAGAUUUUCUUUCUAAAUGUUUUAUUUUUAUUUUUAUUUUUUUUUUAAAUUCCUCUACGGACUCUUGUUUUCUGCUCACGCGACAUGAGCAGCCCCGCUGUCUCCUGUCCGUCGGCGCGUCUUUGUCAUUUUAAUGUCGCUGUAAUCUCCGCGCGUCUCACUGAUUGUCGCUUUGCAUUUCAGCGCAAACGAACAAACUGAGGACGUCUUCUUCUUCUUCUUCUUCUUCUUCUUUUUUUUUUUAAAAAAUCUCCGGGCUGGAAUAAAGAGCAGAAAGUAGCAGGAGCAACGCUGAACGUGGAUCUCUUUCACUUUAUCUUCGUUUUUCCUUUGGAUUGAUUUUUUAUUUAUUGGUUCUGACGUUUUUCACCAAAACUCUUUGAUAUCUUCUCCCCACCGGGAGCGAAGUCGAGGAUGUUGCUCUGCUGCUUGAACCCUCCCUCCUGGUCCACCUGUAGGCUUCUCUUCUGCUUUUUGUUGCUGCUCCAAACGCCCCGGUCCUCCUCUCCGCUAAUUACAGGCACAGAGGCCAGCUGUGAGAAUGAAGGAGAGGUCCUCCACAUCCCCAACAUCACCGACAACCCCUGCAUCACCUGCGUCUGUCUGGAGGGGAAGGCAGACUGUAAACAGGAGAAAUGUCCGCUGGUGUCUGAAGACUGUGCUCUGGUGGUGAAACAGACGGGAGCCUGCUGCGAGAGGUGUAAAGGUUGCAUGUUGGAUGGACGCUCCUAUAACAGCUCAGUAUCCUGGACCAGCUCCACCAAACCCUGCAUAACCAGACGCUGUCAGGAAGGUGUCAUCACUGAAGCAGAAGUGCAGUGUGUCGUCCACUGCAAGAACCCCAAAAUCCAUCCCAAGAAGUGCUGCCCCACCUGCCCCAGUUGUAUCUUUGAGGGUCGUCUGUACAAAGAGAAGGAAGAGUUCAGUCCAGAAGGCAAACCCUGCAUCAAGUGUACUUGCACUGGAGGACGGACUCUCUGCAUGAGGGAGGUGUGUCCUGUCCUGUCCUGCCCGGCCCACCUCAGCCACACCCCUGCAGGACAGUGCUGCCCCAGAUGUCUCGGUCAGAGGAAGGUGUUCGAUCUGUCUUUGGGAAGCUGUUUGUUCCACAGCGAGGUCUACGAGAACGGCACUUGCUUUUUACACGACAACUGCACCACCUGCACCUGCAAGGAUUCCACGGUGGUGUGCAAAAAGCGGUGCUCGCGGCCGGGGAGUUGCCAGGGUAACCAGUGCUGUGAUGAGUGCCUGUCCUAUGUGAAGGUGGAGGAGGUGAAGUACUGCAGAGUCCGGAACAAGAUCUACAGGGAAGGCGACAUGUGGUCGUCCGUUAACUGCACGCUCUGUGCCUGCGUUAAAGGAAGCGUCGAGUGCCGGCCCAAACAGUGUGUACCAAUCACCAGCUGCCCCUCGAAUAAGAUCCUGAACAGGACCGGCUGCUGUCCGGUUUGCACUGAAAAGCCCGGUGUAUGUACGGUCUUUGGAGACCCUCAUUACAACACGUUCGACGGCAGGACCUUUAACUUUCAGGGAACCUGUCAGUACGUGCUGACUCGUGAAUGUGCUGGCGUUCCCUCAGCAGGGCCGGGAAAUACCGUCAACAUCAACAGCCCCGACUCGAGCUUCACGGUGUUGGUGAAAAACGACGCCCGGCGGACUCGCUCCUUCUCCUGGACUCAGUCUGUUGAGGUGAGGCUGUCGGGUUUGGUCCUCAGUCUCCACCAGCACCUGACGGUCCGGAGGAACGGCACCCGCAUCGCCCUCCCCUACCACGGCCCCGGGGUGCACAUCGACCUGGACGGAUACCUGCUCAAACUCACCACCAUCGCAGGUCUGGAGAUCACGUGGGACGGUGACAGUUUCGUGGAGGUCGUGGCCGCUCCCCACCUGCGCGGACGCCUCUGCGGCCUUUGCGGCAACUACAACGGCCACAAGCGCGACGACACCAUGGGAGGCGACGGCCAGUUCAAGUUCGACGUGGACGAGUUCGCCGAGUCGUGGCGAGUCGAGGGCAACGAGGUUUGCGCCCAGCAGCCUCCGCCUCGCCGGCCGACGUCCUUCCUGUGCCCCGGCAGCGUCAAAGUCAAGUUCAGGGCUCACCGGGAGUGUCAGAAGAUUAAGUCGUGGGAGUUUCAGAAGUGCCACCGUGUGGUUGACUUCGCCCCUUUCUACCGGUCGUGUGUGACGGAUAUGUGUGAGUGUCCGGUCCAUAAGAACUGCUACUGCGAGUCCUUCAUCGCCUACAGCCGCGCCUGCGAGAGGGAAGGAGUACCCGUCCUCUGGAGGCCCGACACUGCUUGUAUGGCCACCCAGUGUAAACACGGCGCCGUGUACGACACCUGCGGACCGGGCUGCACCAAAACCUGCGACAACUGGAACGAGAUCGGACCGUGCCACAAGCCCUGCGUGGCCGGCUGCCACUGCCCCGCCAACCUGGUGCUGUUCCAGGGACGCUGCAUCAAACCCAUAGCCUGCCCUGGACGGUGACCCUUGUGACCCGGGUGGGAGGGGGGAUUAGGUUAGGGAAGGUCAUUCAGUAUCAAGACUUUGGGGGGGCCAAACUAGCCGAGAAGAGUUUUUUUUGGGAGGACACCUAAAGGCUACUCGAGUCGACAGAUCAGAUGCAACAAGGUACUCAGGGUCCAUAUCGUCGUAAGGAAGCGUGUCGCAGUGAGAACAGUGAUGGACUGAAGGGAAACUUAGUGGAUGCUCACCACCACAUUCAGCUUCUUGUGCCUCUUGUAAUACCAUGUGCUGUCAUACCAGUCACCACCACAAGGGGGGGGCGCUAAUAUCAGUCUCAAAGAGGUAGAACUUCACUCCUAAGAGAAAACUCAGGGGCUCUAUUUGGAGAUUUUUUUUUUUUGGAUCUCCAGCAGCUGAGGAACAUUUGAGCACGCUGUCAUGGACCCUCAGGAAACAGGAAUUUUUAGGGCCAGUGGACUCCCGUUUGAGCCAAAAUGGCGCCCGAAUUUCUCUCACAAACACUCUGAAGUGAGCGUCUGCAUCUGGAAAUGGGGGAGAUUUCAAAGUGGAGAAACUCUCUGAUGCAUGAUAUCGAACUGCCCCUUGUAAUCUCUAUUCCAUCAUUUCAUACUGUAAGCUAGCAGAUUUAUAUGAAAAGACAGACAGCUUUUAUAUUAUUAUUAUUAUUAUUAUUAUUAUUAUUGUUCUAAUUAUUAUUAUUUGUUGUUGAUAUUGUUAAUUUAUAUAUCGGUCAAAUGACAUGUCGUAGCAAGAGCCAGAAUCAUGAACAUAAUUGCGUUAUAAAUGAUUUAAAGGGAAAAAAAAGCUAUUUAUGUAUUUGUUGUGUACUUUUGUGUUACUGUUUGAAGAGAAAUGCCCAAAUGUGACUCAGUCGUUGCACCAUCGCAGGGAAAAAGUACUGUAUUGUGUUCUGCUCCGUGUACAGGUUGUUGUGGUUAGUAUCAAACUGAAGGUGUUCAUCUUAAGCAUAUGUUUCACUUGACAAUAAUUAUUUAAAGACCAGCAAUAUAAUCUUUUAUCGAAGUCCCAUUUUUGACGUCUGUCUUUACUUUUGAAAGUGUUCGUUAAUGGCAGCAGAAGCUUUUGGUCAGAAGCAGCGGUUUCCAACUUGGACAUGAUUGUCCAGCUAGAAAAAAAAACAAACUAAAUCAUAAAAAAUAAAUUAUUCUUAUUUUUGGUCUUUUUCCUCUAAUUGCCUUCAGAUUUAUAAACUUGCAACCAUGAUGAAGGGUUGCAAAUAAAAACCACUGCUGUAAAGGUUGAACAUUCGGCAGCCAAAGUUGAAAAAAUGUUAUAAAGCCGGAUUCAUAGUUGAUGAAAGAGGUUAACGAAAGUCCAGUUUUGAUUAUAAUUCAUGGUUGGAUUUUACCAGUGUGAAGCAUCACUGCAACACUAACCGUAUCAUGCUUUAAUUAUAUUCACCACAGUUAUGUGUUUAUAUUAUUUCAUUCAUUUUAUGAUACACAGCAACAGUUGGAAGGCUUGUCUUUAUAGCAGCGAUUUUUUUUUGAUUAAUUGAUUAAUUGUUUGGUCAUAAAAUACUAGAAAACUGAAAAAAUGUCAUCCACAGUUUCCUAAAGCUCAAUUAAUGUCAUCAAAUUGCCUCUUUUGUU